GGCCGGGCCGCGUGGCGCAGCCAUGCCUGGCUUUACGUGCUGCGUGCCAGGCUGCUACAACAACUCGCACCAGGACAAGGCAUUGCACUUCUAUAUGUUUCCCAAGGACGCUGAGCUGCGGCGCCUUUGGCUCAAGAAUGUGUCCCGUGCUGGCGUCAGUGGGUGCUUCUCCACCUUCCAGCCCACCACGGGCCACCGUCUCUGCAGCGUUCACUUCCAGGGCGGCCGCAAAACCUACACGGUGUGGGUCCCCACCAUCUUCCCGCUGUGUGGCGUCAAUGAGCGCAAAGUACCGCGCAGACCCACGGGGGCCGCAGCCGCCUGCUGCAGGCAGCAGCAUCAGCAGCAGCAGCCGUCGCCGUCCGCCUCCACUGCCCAGACCGCCCAGCUGCAGCUGAACCUGGUAUCUGCUUCUGCGGCUGUGCUCCUCACCCUUCAGGCUGCUGUGGACAGCAGCCAGACUCCGGGAUCCGUGCCUCCGGCGCCCACCACUCCCACGGGAGAAGAUGUGAAGCCCAUUGACCUGACGGUGCAAGUGGAGUUCGUGGCCGCAGAGGGCGCAGCCGCCGCAGCCGCUGCGUCGGAGCUUGAGGCUGCUACAGCAGGGCUGGAGGCCGCCGAGUGCCCCACGGGCCCCCAGUUGGUGGUGGUCGGGGAAGAGGGCUUCCCUGAUACUGGCUCCGACCACUCGUACUCGUUGUUGUCAGGCACCACAGAGGAGGAGCUCUUGCGCAAGCUGAACGAGCAGCGGGACAUCCUGGCGCUGAUGGAGGUGAAGAUGAAGGAGAUGAAGGGCAGCAUCUGUCACCAGCGUCUCACCGAGGCCAAACUCCAUGAAGAACUAUGUGAGAAGGAUCGGCUGCUGGCCAUGGCUGUCAUCCGCAAGAAGCACGGAAUAUGA